CUCCGGCACCGAAAACCAAUUCCCUGUGACGUGCUCCGGCCUCGAUUCCAGAGUUAAGUCCAUGGACACUGAUCCUGCUCCAGCCAUCGAAAGAUUGAUUACACCGGGAACAGAAGGAGACGAUUUUGAUGGAGGAGUAGAUAGAGAGAGUACGAAAGCAGUCAACUUUGAAAUCGCUAUCCUAGGAAUCGGAGUCACCAGCGCGAAAGAGAUUUAUCCAAAAAUUGGAAUUCCCAAAUCGCUUUCAUCGAAAAUGGCUUCUUCCCUCGUCAGAAGUUGUUGCUCUCGUGCCGCGAGAACCAUCACCACCGUCCGGUGUAUGAGCAAUGUACCGGAAAAUACCGUUUACGGGGGACCGAAACCGCAGAACCCGAACCAGAGAGUGACUUUGACGCAACUGAGGCAGAAACAUCGGAAAGGCGAGCCGAUAACCGUCGUCACCGCCUACGAUUAUCCUUCCGCCGUUCACAUCGAUUCAGCCGGAAUCGAUGUUUGUCUCGUCGGAGAUUCAGCUGCAAUGGUUGUCCAUGGCCACGACACGACCCUUCCUAUCUCCUUAGACGAGAUGCUCGUCCACUGUCGCGCCGUCGCUCGGGGAGCCAAAAGGCCACUUCUCGUCGGCGAUUUGCCGUUUGGUACAUAUGAAUCCAGCUCCAAUCAGGCGGUUGAUACUGCAGUAAGAGUGUUGAAGGAAGGAGGAAUGGAUGCAAUUAAACUUGAAGGAGGAUCAGCUUCAAGGAUCACUGCUGCUAAAUCCAUCGUGGAAGCAGGAAUCGCGGUUAUGGGACACGUUGGCUUGACUCCUCAAGCUAUCAGUGUUCUUGGUGGUUUCAGGCCUCAAGGGAGAAACGUAGCCAGUGCUGUUAAGGUUGUGGAAACUGCCAUGGCUUUACAAGAUGCUGGAUGCUUUUCGGUUGUUUUAGAAUGUGUUCCGCCUCCUGUGGCUGCUGCUGCAACCUCUGCUCUUCAUAUCCCAACCAUUGGCAUAGGAGCUGGCCCUUUCUGCAGUGGACAGGUUUUAGUCUACCAUGAUCUUCUGGGAAUGAUGCAGCAUCCACAUCAUGCUAAGGUUACUCCAAAGUUUUGCAAGCAGUACGCUCAAGUAGGAGAAGUGAUCAACAAAGCCCUCUUGGAGUAUAAGGAAGAAGUAUCGAAGCACUCGUUUCCAGGUCCUUCUCACAGCCCUUACAAGAUCUCCUCAAGCGACCUCGACGGGUUCUUAAAGGAGUUACAGAAAUUGGGAUUCGAUGAGGCUGCUUCUGCUGCAGCAGCAUCUGCUGAAAAGAUGGAGCCUUCAGAUUCUCAUAUCAUGCUAUCAUUUUCCCGGCGCCGGAAUUCCUAUAAUCUGCUCAACAAUACUCAAUUUAUCCGCCGAUUUUCGGUUGAUGAUGACCCACCGCCGGGAAUCAAACCGGUGAGCCAGCGAUCGGUGGAAGUCCGAUUUUUGGAGAACCUUCGGAAAAUCCCGCAACAUGACUGGGCGUCCAGCGAGUCGCUUCAUUCACUUCUAGUGUCUUCUUCUUCUGUGACUCCUCUAGUAUUCUCUCAUAUCACGCGGCAGCUAGGAUCGUACUCUCUGGCAGUAUCGUUCUUCGAAUACCUGGAUGCCAAAUCUCAGCUCUACGAGAUUGCCAAAGAGAAGAACAUCCCGCUCACCGGCUUUGCCACUAAUCUUCUCAUCCGAUGGUUUGGACGUAUGGGUAUGGUGAAUCAGUCGGUGCUUGUUUACGAACGAGUCGAUUCGGAUAUGAAAAUCACGCAAGUUCAUGUAGCUUGGGAGGUUUUGAGCGACCUGAUGAAGAACAUAGCCCCACUUGAAGCUCCUCCUUUCAAUGCGCUUUUGACAUGUUUAGGAAGGAAUAUGGAUAUUGGUAGAAUGAAUGAUAUAGCUGUGAAGAUGAAUGAGUCGGAAAUUCGGCCCGAUGUGGUUACUUUAGGGAUUCUUAUCAACACUUUGUGCAAAUUAAGGAGGGUCGAUGAAGCUCUGCAAGUCUUUGAAGAGAUGUGUGGAAAGAAGACCGAUGAUGGAAAUGUGAUGAAACCUGAUUCGAUUCAUUUUAACACUCUCAUCGACGGGUUUUGUAAAGUGGGGAGGAUGAAAGAAGCGGAGGAGCUAUUGGUGAGGAUGAAAAUGGAAGAGUCUUGCGCGCCAAACGCAGUCACUUACAAUUGCUUGAUCGGUGGGUAUUGCAUAGCGGGACAGCUUGAGACGGCUAAAGAAGUUGUUUCGAGGAUGAAGGAGGGCGGGAUUAAACCGAACGUGGUCACUCUUAACACAGUCAUCGGUGGAAUGUGCAGGCACCAUGGAGUGAACUCGGCGGUUGUUUUCUUUAUGGAUAUGGAAAGGGAAGGCUUGAAAGGUAACGUGGUUACUUAUAUGACGUUGAUCCAUGCUUAUUGCAGCGUCGGUAACAUAGAAAAUGCUAUGCAUUGGUUUGACAAAAUGUUGGGAGCUGGUUGUUCUCCUGAUGCAAAGAUCUAUUAUGCUUUGAUCUCUGGAUUGUGCCAAGCUAGAAGAGACCACGACGCAGUUAGGGUGGUGGAGAAACUGAAACAGUCAGGGUUUUCUCUUGAUUUACUGGCUUACAACAUGCUUAUUUGGUUGUUCUGUGAUAAGAACAACGUAGAGAAAGUGUAUGAGAUGCUAACCGAUAUGGAGGAAGCAAGGUUGAAACCCGAUUCCUUCACAUACAACACUCUGAUCUCGUUCUUCGGCAAACUCAAGGACUUCGAGAGCGUGCAGAAAAUGAUGGAGAAUAUGAGAGAAGACGGGUUAGACCCGACCGUUGUGACAUAUGGAGCGAUAAUCGAAGCUUAUUGCUCGGCAGGAGAUACGAAAGAAGCAUUGAAGCUAUUCAAUGAUAUGGGUUUGCACUCGAAGGUGAAUCCGAACACAGUGAUAUACAACAUUCUCAUAAACGCAUUUUGUAAGCUGGGGAAUCUCGGACAGGCAAUGUCUCUGAAAGAGCAAAUGAAGGAGCAAAUGGUGAGACCGAACGUUGAAACAUACAAUGCCUUGUUCAAGUGUCUUAAGGCGGAGAACCAAAAGGAGACACUGUUUAAACUGAUGGAUGAGAUGAACGAUCUGUCCUGUGAAGCAAAUCAGACCACCUGGGAGAUUCUAAUGGAGCGUCUCACAACUUCUGAUGAUUUAAUUAAGCUCAAAAAGUAUAUGCAAGGUUACUCUGUUGCCUCUCCGAUUCAGAAAGCUUCACAUUUAGAUGUCUUUAGCUUGGAA